AUGGAGAGCUUCCUAAGCAGUAUCAUGGACGAGGAUGCCAUCUCUGUUGACCUCAUGGACGAGCAGUGCUAUACCCGUGAAGGUUACGACGCUGAUGACAUGGACAUUGAUACACCGACACACUCAUCCGGCGCGGAAUCUAUCGAUCCUUUUGACUUUGUGUACUCGAACCUCCCAAACAGCACACACAUUCUAAAGCAAGAACCGAACUGCGAACACUGCCAUGCUAAGAAGUUUGAGCGUGAGACCGAUGGUUUUUGUUGUCGAAACGGAACUAUAAAGCUGGCUGAACCAGAGCCUAUCCCGGAGCUAAUGAGGUUAUGGUCUAGCGCAGAUGCAGACUCUCGACAUUUUCGGGAGAGCAUACGAUUCUUCAACGGCCACUUCUCAUUCACAACUCUUGGCGUCAGCCUAGACAACGACUGCACAAACAUGAGGUCCAGGGUGUACACAUUCCGAGCUCAAGGCAAGAUGUACCACAACAUGCAUUCAUUCGGGCCGAACUCUUGCCCGGAACAUCUACAACUCUACUUCUACGACGAUGAUCCAAGUCUGGUACAUCGCAAGGAAGCCACCAAAGACCUGGACCAAGAGGUCGUGCGGAAGGUAGUGGACAUACUAAAAGGAAACCCCUACUCUGAGAAGUUCAGGAGUUUGGGCGCCCACAAGGACAACCUCCAGGACUACCAUAUAGAACUGAAUACCGACAAGAAGCUAGACCAACGGAGAUACAAUUUACCGGUGUCAUCCGAGGUGGCUGCGAUCUGGGUCGAGGGAAGCGACCUGGCAAAUAGGUUCAAGCGCAGCAUUACCCUAUACGGAAAUAACAAUGAGAGGCAUAGUAUACAUGCCACCCAAGGAUGCUAUGACCCGCUCUCGUACCCCCUCUUCUUCCCCAAGGGGGAGCUCGGUUGGCAUCCAAAUCUCCCUAAACGUGAUACGCCUUGGCACGUUGCGCAACUAUCAAGAGAGAACCGCGGGGACGAAGAUGGAGGUGCCAAUAUAUGCGUCUCCGUAAGGGACUACUACUGUUACCGACUACAGACGCGUCCGGCUAUAUUCAACCCCAUACUACAUGGAGGGCGUCUCUUCCAACAGUUUGCGGUCGACAUGUACAUAAAGAUUGAGGGUUGUAGGUUGAGUUGGUUCAGGGAGCACCAGCCAGAGAUACGUGCCGAUCUAUAUAAAGGCAUUGUGGAUAGCAUCACGGCUGGAGAGACUCGCGCAAGCGCUAUUGGGACAAGGAUUGUUCUCCCGUGGAAGUUCCAAGGGUGCUUCCGAGACAUGAAGCGCAGACAUAUGGACGCCAUGGCGUUGGUGCAAACGUACGGCAAGCCUGACAUCUUCCUGACGAUGACCUGUAACCCAAAUUGGCAGGAGAUACAAGAUGCACUGCUUCCAGGACAAACCCCACAAGACCGACCAGACAUUGUGGUCCGAGUGUUUAGGUCCAAGCUGGAGACGAUGAAAGAGAUGUUGACCAAGAAGCAUAUCCUAGGCGUUGUGAAGGCCUACGUCUAUGUGGUCGAGUUCCAGAAGAGGGGCCUCCCACACGCUCAUUUUCUGUUGAUCAUGGAUUCAAACUAUAAGCUCAUUGUGCCAGAGCAGUACGACCGCGUCAUAUCCGCCGAGCUCCCGGACAAGAAUAAGUACCCGGAGCUAUACGCCAUAGUCGUGAAGCAUAUGAUGCACGGCCCAUGUGGUGUCCUCAAGCCAAACAACGUGUGCAUGCAAGAUGGGUCGUGCAAGUGUAGGUACCCGCGGGCGUUCAACGAGACCACCGUACAAGGGAAAGACUCAUACCCCAUUUAUCGGAGACGGAAGGACGGCCGUUGUGCGAAGGUCCGAGGCCAGAUGCUAGACAAUAGAUGGGUUGUGCCUUACAACCCAUACCUCUUGCGGAUGUUUGACUGCCACAUCAACGUGGAGGUGUGCUCCAGCAUAAAGGCCGUCAAGUACCUAUAUAAGUACGUAUAUAAGGGCCACGAUCAAACUUCAUUCAAUAUCGAGAAGCCCGAUGCUGAUGGUAACAUAGACGAGAUCAAGAGAUUCGUUGAUGCAAGGUGGGUUACUCCACCAGAGGCCAUGUGGAGGAUAUUCGGCUUCAAGCUAUGUGAAAACCACCCGUCGGUCCUACCGUUGCCGCUUCAUCUCGAAAAUAUGCAAAUGGUCACAUUCAAAGCGGGAGAUAACCUAAACAACGUCGCCGCCCGAGAGAACCCAUCCAUGCUGACGGAGUAUUUCGUGGCUAACGAGAAGCACGCGUGGGCUCGGGAUAUUCUUUACAAAGAUUUUCCGAGAAGCUCAAGGUCCUUCGAAGAUCUCAAAACAGUGAACGGUGUGAUAUGUGAUAGCUUUCGUGAAGCCGCUGAGAGGAGGGGUCUCAUCGAGGCUGACAACACGCUCGACGAGUGCCUUACCGAGUCAGAGCAGUUCGCCAUGCCAGCCUCACUUAGGAGGCUGUUCGCAACAAUCUUGGUAUUCUGCGAGCCUGGAGAUGUGCGUGGCCUUUGGGAUAGGCACCUUGAGGCGAUGUCUGACGACUACCGGCGUAAACAUACAUGCCCAAAAGCAGUGGAGCAGAAGGUGUUGCUUGAUAUCAGGGGCAUGCUGCAGUCCAUGGGCAAAGACAUAAAAUCGUUCCCUCUACCAGACAUCGACAAGACCUAUGACAACACAGAUGGAGAGGCCAGGGAGGUCAUCGAGGAAACCAAUAUCCAAGUAGACAAGGAAGACGCUUCUCUAGCGACCUCACUAAACCACGAGCAGAAGCUUGCCUACGACGAAAUACUAGCGGCAGUUGAUGGCGGAAAUGGGGGCGUAUUCUUCGUGGAUGGCCCAGGAGGCACAGGGAAGACCUACCUUUACAGGGCAUUGCUCGCUAGGGUUCGAGGAGAGAGAAAGAUCGCGUUGGCCACAGCGACGUCAGGAGUUGCCGCUUCAAUCAUGCCAGGAGGCAGGACAGCCCACUCGAGGUUCAAGAUCCCACUAAACCUUGAAGAAGGAAAAUCAUGCAGCUUCACUAAGCAGAGUGGGACAGCCAAGCUCCUGAGAAUGGCUUCACUCAUUCUAUGGGACGAGGCAACCAUGACAAAACGGCAGGCAAUUGAGGCGUUAGACGUAAGCAUGCGAGACAUCAUGGAAUGCCCAUACCGACCUUUUGGGGGCAAGACUGUCGUGUUCGGUGGGGACUUCAGGCAGGUGCUUCCGGUAGUGAGGAAAGGGUCACGAGGUCAGAUAAUAGACGCAAGUCUACGGAGCUCGAAACUCUGGAAGGGCAUGCGCCAGCUAAAGCUCGUCAAGAACAUGAGGGCGCAAAACGACCGAUGGUUCGCGGAUUACCUCCUGAGGGUGGGUAACGGCACUGAGGAAACCGAUGAGGACGGAAACAUCCGGCUUCCCGAAGAUAUAUGUGUGUCGUCUACAGGCAAUGACGCGGCUGAUAUAAAGAAUUUGAUCGACCACGUGUUUCCUGCCCUAGACCACAACAUGGAAAAUCCGCAUUACAUGACUUCUCGAGCGAUUCUCUCCACAAGGAACGACAGUGUCGAUGGAAUAAACAUGCACAUGAUUGAGCGUUUUCAUGGCGAGGAGACGAUCUACUAUAGCUUUGAUAGCGCGGAGGACGAUCCACACGGCUACUACCCUCAAGAGUUCCUGAAUGACCUAACUCCUAAUGGGCUUCCCCCGCACGCGCUUAAACUGAAGAUAAAUUGCCCAGUUAUAUUGUUGAGGAAUAUCGACCCAGCUAACGGGCUAUGUAACGGCACGAGGUUUGUGGUUCGUGGGUUCCAGAGUAACGCCAUCGACGCAGAGAUCGUCGUGGGACAGCACGCAGGGGAGAGGGUGUUUCUUCCUCGGAUACCUCUAUGCCCAUCCGACGACGACAUGUUCCCAUUUAGAUUCAAGAGGAAGCAGUUCCCGAUCAGGCUCAGUUUUGCCAUGACGGUCAACAAGGCGCAAGGGCAGACCAUCCCGACUGUGGGCGUGUACCUACCAGAGCCGGUAUUCUCUCAUGGCCAGCUGUAUGUCGCGUUGUCCAGAGCCACCGCUAAAAGUAACAUCAAGAUCCUCGCCAUCAAGGACAAUGGAAAGGACAAGACAAAUAAUUCAAAGAAAAGAAAAAGAACCGAGUCCUUAGUGACGACCACAUUGAACAUAGUCUACAAGGAAGUUCUUAGCACUUGAACCCGCUAGACCAGAUU